AGAGAGAAAGAAAAUUGAAGAAAAUGGAGAGAAAGCCAAGCGUGUGUGAAAACCAAGUUAGCCAUGUUUUGGUAUUUCCUUUUCCAGUACAAGGUCACAUAAACCCAAUGUUCCAAUUCUCCAAGAGAUUGGCCUCAAAAGGCCUGAGGGUGACACUAAUUACUGUCACUACUCCUGCCAAACCAUUGCAGCUGCCAACAAGCUCCAUCAACAUUGAGUCAAUUGAAUUCGAUGAAGGUUAUAAUGACAAUGAGGUUAUGCAUUAUAUUGAAGUUUACAACGCAACAAUCCCAGGUAGGCUAGCCAAGCUCAUUGAGAGGCAGAACACCUCACAAUAUCCUGCUAAAUUUGUUAUAUAUGAUUCGAAUAUGCCAUGGGCGUUAGAUGUGGCUCGAAGUGCAGGCAUAGAUGGAGCUCCUUUUUACACUCAACCUUGGGGAGUUAAUGUCAUCUACUAUCAUUUGCACCUAGGGACUCUCAAAGUUCCUUUGGAAGAGCCUAUUGCUGCAUUGCCUUCAAUGCCGAUACUGGAAGCCAUUGACCUGCCCUCGUUUGCUCGUGAUACAGAUGCAUAUCCUAGUCUACUCAAUGUUAAAAUUGCUCAAUUCUCAAAUUUGGAAGAAGCAAGAUGGGUCUUUUGUAACACUUUUGAUAAGUUGGAAGAUGAGGUAAUCAAAUGGAUGGCAGCAAACCAUAAACCAAUCAAGACAAUUGGACCUACUGUUCCAUCAAUGUACCUAGACAAGAGGUUGGAGGAUGAUAAGGACUAUAGUCUCAAUCUAUUCAAACCGGAUGUGGAUGCCUGCAUCAAGUGGCUAGACUCAAAGGAAGCUGCAUCAGUUGUUUAUGUAUCAUUUGGAAGCUUGGCCACCUUAGGAGAAGAACAAAUGGAGGAAAUAGCAUGGGGCCUAAAGAGGAGCAACAACUAUUUCUUGUGGGUUGUUAGAGAAACGGAACAAAAGAAGCUCCCUAGCAACUUUGUUGAGGAGACAUUAGAGAAAGGGCUAGUAGUGUCUUGGAGCUCUCAAUUGAGAGUUCUAGCUCAUGAGGCAGUAGGUUGUUUUAUAACUCAUUGUGGUUGGAACUCGACAAUUGAGGCGUUGAGCUUGGGGGUGCCAAUGGUGGCAAUGCCAAUAUGGACAGACCAACCAACUAAUGCGAAGUUUGUUGAAGAUGUAUGGAAGGUAGGAAUUCGAGUUAGGAUGGAUGAAAAUGGCAUAAUUAGAAAGGAAGAGAUUGAACGGUGUAUAAGGGAAGUCAUGGAGGGAGAGAACAAUAUGGAUAUCAAAAGUAAUUCAGAGAGGUGGAGGAGAUUGACCAAAGAGGCAGUUGAUGAAGGUGGAAGCUCUGAUAGGAACAUAGAUGAAUUCGUAGCAGAACUUAUGUUCAAAUAGGUAUUUGGUGUAGUUGUUAGUUGGUCAAAAAGAAGUUAAUAAAAUUACGUAUUCUUG